UUAAAGUUCAAAUGGAUCAUAAUGGAUCAUAAUGGAUCGCCAUUUCCACUAUUCUGUUCAGGAUUACCCUCCAUUACGGAGCAAUAUAAGGUUUAAAGCAACUGUAGCUGUCACAUAUCAUGAUGAGGAUGGCCAUGUUGAGAGAGAGGAGGUGGAUUUGUCAGAAUUGGUUACUGAGGAUCAUAGAGGAAGCUGUUCUUUUAACAGUCCUGAUAAUUGUGAUGCAUUGGAAGGCCAUGAACUGGGAAUGGAACAAGAUAACAGUGAUCUUGAAAGUGAUGUUCACCAUGAUUGUGAAGAAUCAUCUUCUUAUUACCAGAAUGUUGAAAGAAAACAAAAAGCAUGGGAAAAUUUGCGACUUUCAAUUAUAAAGAAUACAUUUCAGUUUGCUGGCAAAAAUUGGAGCAAUCUGAAGUGUAUUCAUUGUGAUAAUGAAGCAAAGUUUAGGUGCAGCGAUUGUGGUCCAAUGGCAAAGUAUUGUGAGAACUGUAUGUUAAAGAUGCACACAACCGUAAAUAUUUGUCAUCAUGUUGAAAUAUUUAAGGAUGGCAUGUUUUGGCCAUAUAAACUCAUGAACAUGCUGGUGUAUGAUUGUUCAUGCCAAACAGCUCGUCACAAAAGAAGUGUUUCUGUUGUUGAUGUUAAAGGCACCUUUUGUACUGUUGAGGUACACUUUUGCUCAUGCUCUCCAGAGUUUGUUCAACUUCUGCAAUUUGGCCUUUGGGGUGGAACACCUACAAAACCAAGAAUUGCAUUUGCAAUUGAGUUUUUGAAUUGAUUCAUUCUGUGCAGA